AGGUCGUUUUUCCUUUUGCUUGCUCAUUUUCUGGGUGGAACGCUCAGAUGGCGUAUACUUAAUUCAAAUAAUAGUAAUCCUGUUGUAGUUAGCAUUAUACAAACCUAUUUGUGGAAUGAAUCUAGAUAUCCUUGUACAUCGGCACAAGUUGCAAGUGGUACAUACACAAUUCCAUUAACUGUUGCAAAUGGAGCUAACGAUAAAUUGGAUUGUGUAUCGGCUUCAUCGACAUGUCCUUCAAAUUGGAAUACAAUUAAACCUAGUAUUAUACCAAUUUGUACGGAUUCGUCAACGGUCAUUGGAACAACUGUUAGCCAACGUUCUGAUAAUGUUACAUUAAAAGCUAAUGUUAGUUUUGUUAUUGCGUUUCAGGAUCAAGCAUGGGCAGAUUUAAAUGGUCCCGGUUCAGGUGCAGUUAAUACUGGUGCCACUUGGUCAAUAUCAACAUGGAUUAAUUUAAUACCAAGAUCAGAUACAGGUCUUUAUAAUAAUCCUCCUGUUUCGACAAUGAUGUCACCGAUUACUAUUGUCCGAGGUGUAAAACAAACAAUUCAAAUACCUAUCGCAGAUCCAGAAGACGAUGUAGUGAGAUGCAGAUGGGCCAACAGCACGAAUGAAUGUGCUGACGUUU